AUGGCGACGACUACAGGACAAUCAGAAGCUCAAGCUCAAUUCCAGUUCACGAAGCAACCGUAUGUCGAAGAUGUUGGACCUAGGAAGAUUCAAAGUAUAAAGUUCUCAAUGAUGUCUGGGCCAGAAAUCAUGAAAGCUUCUGAAGUUCAAGUGUGUAAUGCCAGUUUUUAUGAUCCAAACAGAAAGCCCAAGAGGAAUGCAUUGCUUGAUUCUCGUAUGGGUCCUGCAAAUAAGACUAUCAUUUGUGAAACAUGCCAUGGCGAGUUGAAGGAUUGCCCAGGACAUUAUGGAUAUUUGCAUCUUUGUCUUCCGGUGUUCAAUGUUGGAUACUUCAAUGCGAUUCUUAAUAUACUUAAAUGCAUAUGCAAGUCAUGUGCUCGAAUACUACUGUCGAAGAAAGAACGUAUAAGUUACUUAAAGAAGAUGAGGAAUCCCAAACCGGAGGCUUUGCAGAAGACUGCCACAGCUAAGGCGAUAUUAAAAAGUUGUAAACCCAAAACGUGCAGCAGAUGCGGAUACGUCAAUGCUGUGGUGAAAAAAGCAGGAACAGUUAUGGGUAUUAUUCAUGACCGAAGCAAAAAAUUUACGGAUGACACAGAUAAAGAGUGCAAAGCAGCACUUUCUGGGACGAAAGAUUCUGGGACACGUAUUCAAAUUCUUAACCCUGUUAGAGUUCUUGGUCUGUUUAAAAGAAUACUGGACCAGGACUGUGAACUACUAUAUCUCAGUGUUAGGCCUGAGAAACUUAUCAUUACAGACAUUUUGGUGCCUCCUAUAGCUGUCCGUCCUUCUUCUUUUGUAGAUGGAGGAAGAAGUAACGAAGAUGAUAUCACUUCUAAACUUAAUACCAUUAUUCAAACAAAUGCUUCCCUCCGACAAGACUUAGAUGGCAAGAAGUCCACUUCCCAAUGUUUGGGUGAUUGGGAACUACUCCAAGUUGAGGUUGCACAAUAUAUUAAUAGCGAAGUCCGCGGUGUCCCCCUAAGUAUGAUGCAGCCCUCAAAACCAUUACGAGGGUUCGUCCAACGUCUCAAAGGGAAACAGGGGCGCUUUCGUGGGAACUUGUGUGGAAAACGUGUUGAAUAUACUGCCAGGACUGUUAUUUCCCCUGAUCCUAAUCUUAAAAUUACAGAGGUGGGAAUACCUAUCUUGAUUGCUCAAACCUUAACAUACCCAGAACUAGUGUCUCAGCACAACAUAGAGAAGUUAAGGAAAUGUGUUCUAAACGGUGCUCAAAAAUAUCCAGGAGCAAAAUCUAUUAAAUCUGCUGAUGGUUCAAUGAUGUUUCAGUUAAAUCGUAACCAAAAAAAUCUGGCUUAUGGACUCAAAUUUGGUGAUAUUGUAGAAAGGCAUCUGGAAGAUGGGGAUGUUGUGUUAUUUAAUCGUCAGCCUAGCUUGCAUCGCAUGUCUAUAAUGUGUCAUAGGGUAUUUGCAUCAACAUCCUUUUUGAAUGUUACACUUUGUUUAAUUUGUUUUUCUUUGUUCUCUUCGCCACAUGAUGCUCCUAGCAGAUGUGAUGACAUCUAA